GGUGCGCUGUGUCCCUCGGACACAGCGGAUCACCGAUCAAUGGAAAGAGCUGAAGAUGUUGGCUCGGUCAUGUGACCAGCUGUGUCCAAUCACAGCUGAUCACAUCAGCGCCACCCGUCAGUGUCCAUCAGUGCCAGCUUUCAGUGCUCAUCCAUGCCACCUGCCAGUGCCCAUCAAUGCCACAUCAAUGCCACAUUUCAGUGCACAUCAAUGCCACAUAUCAGUACCCAUCUGAGCUGCCUUUCAGUGUCACCCAUCAGUGCCACUUAUCAAUGCCAGUCAGUGCCACCUAUCAGUGCUGCCAAUCAGUGCCACUUAUCAACCAGUCAGUGCCGCCUAUCAGUGCAGUGCUGCUUAUCAGUGCCAUAUGAGUGCUGCCUUUCAGUGCCCAUCAGUGAUGCCUGUUAAUGCCCAUCAGUGCCACCUACCAGUGCCUCCUCAUCAGUG